AGUCACCUGACCGCUCGCGCCGCAGUCGGGCCGCAGCCUGUGCCGGGAGCAGCCGAACCCGGGGGAGCGGGAGGAGGAAGGGGGCGAGGCGGCGGCGCUGCCUUCCCCCCAGGCCGACCGGCCCGCCCGCCUGUGGAGGAGCGGCGGCAGGCACUGAGAUCUGAAGAAUAGAAGCAUGCUUUCCACUGAGACUUACACUACCAUUUGUGAUACAGAAUGUCUCUAAGUGAGAAGAAUAGUGUGGUUUUUGCAUAUGAAUCUUCAGUACACAGUACCAAUGUACUUCUCAGUCUUGAUGAUCAGAGAAAGCAAGAUAUUCUUUGUGAUGUUACUAUUUUAGUGGAAGAUCAGCGAUUUCGGGCUCACAAAGCUGUGCUUGCAGCUUGCAGCAGUUACUUCCUUUCAAGAAUUGUGGGCCAGGUGGAUGCUGAUCUUAUCAUCACUUUACCGGAAGAGGUAACACUUAAAGGAUUUAGUCCCUUGCUACAGUUUGCAUACACAGCUAAACUUAUUUUAAAUAAAGACAAUGUGUCUGAAGUUUGCAAAUGUGCUGAAUUUUUGGGUGUACGCAACAUUGAAGAGUCUUGCUUUCAGUUUCUCAAGUUCAAAUUUUUGGACUUUAAAUCAGAUCAACAAGAAUGUCCCAGGAAGAAGUGUUGUACACAGCGUUGUCGGAAAACAAACCCUAAAAUUGGCAAUGUGGAUGAUGGAGACCUAGAAAUAGAUGAGGAAGCAGAAGAACUUCUAGAAAAGGAAUAUAGUCAAACUCCUGACACAAAGCUCUAUAAAGAUGAAGAAAAUACUAAAUCAUCGCCUGCUUUCCAAGAUAAUGCCAAUCAAACAUGUGAUCCUGUACAUUCAGAAAGGGGUAGUAUUUCCAGCUUAUCUUCCCAAUGUCCAAAGUAUAGGAAAUUCCAGAAAGCUUUUGGAAAUGACAAAGUUCAUGUUUCAGAGUCCGGUUCCAGUAUUAAAGACAUUCAGGUGCCACCAAUUGCAACUUUCCUUGAGAAGGAAAUAUCUGAUAAUGAUAGCAUGCAAAAAGCUCAGGAGUGUGUACCUAUGCAGCUGGUCUCAAAAUGUGAAGAGACUCAGGUAAAAAUGGAAGAAGGGGAGGGAGGCACUGAGAAAAAGGAAGAGUCAAAGAGAGAUUCUGUGACUCAGAAUGUGCCGUGUCCUGUGGAGAAAAUGGAUCUUACUGUUUUCCCCCAAAACUCUGCUGCACCUCAUGGACUUAAUUCUGUGUCUUUUUUACAUACUUGUGAGCAAUAUGGUAACUUGAAUUUCAGUAGUAUGCAGAACAACAGUGUCUUAACUGAAAAAACUGUAUCAGGUACUGGAGUUGGGAAUGACAAAAUCCAAAGUCCGGAUGACACACCUUCAAAAGUUGAUUUGUGCACUAGGGAAGCCACUAACAUUACAUCAGCUGGUGAUCGAAGCAGUGUGGAGAGAGAGGUAGCAGAACAUCUAGCAAAAGGGUUCUGGAGUGAUAUUUACAGCACAGAAGCCUGUCAAAUACAUUUACCACCUGCAGUUCCGAAAGAGUGCUUGGAGCCGGUAUAUUCAGGGAAGAAAUCAGAGUGUCCGUGGUUGGGCAUCAGGAUUAGUGAAAGCCCUGAACCUUGCUCUCAACGAACUUUUACAACGUUGAAUUCUGUCAACUGCCCCUUUAUAAGCAACCUUGGUACUGAAGGAUGCUCCAACAGCUCUGAAAUAAGCAGUGGAGAUUAUGUUCAGGGACAGCAACAAGAACAGUGUCCCUAUAAUUAUGUGAUAAGUUUGGGAGAGGAUUCAGAAACUGACACCGAGGGAGACAGUGAAUCCUGUUCAGCAAGAGAACAAGAAUGCGAGGUAAAACUGCCAUUUAAUGCACAAAGGAUUAUCUCACUUUCCAGAAAUGACUUCCAGUCAUUUCUGAAGAUGCAUAAAUUAACUCCUGAACAAUUGGACUGUAUUCAUGAUAUCCGGAGACGAAGUAAAAACAGGAUCGCAGCACAGCGAUGUCGUAAGAGAAAACUUGACUGCAUACAAAAUCUUGAAUCUGAAAUUGAAAAACUGCAAAAUGAGAAGGAGAACUUGCUGAAGGAAAGAAACCACAUUUUGUCAACUCUGGGUGAGACAAAGCAGAAUCUGACUGGACUUUGCCAGCAGGUGUGUAAGGAAGCAGCCUUGAGUCAUGAGCAAAUACAAAUACUUGCAAAAUAUUCUUCCUCAGAUUGUCCGCUUUCGUUUUUGUUCCCGGAGAGAGAACGAACAGCUCCGUCUGAUAGUGAGCUUGUGAUACCAGCAUGUUUAGAAUUAGCAGAUGGUCUUUCAGGUGUUACAUCUACAAAUGAGCAGAGUUCUUGUUAUCAGUGUGUGAAAAGUGUGUGUGAUGCAACAUACGAUCAAGUACAAGAACUGCAUCCAGUUUCUGUACGAACGUUGGAGAAAACUUCACUUGUGGAACCGUGUGGGCAGAGCAGUGGUAUCACAGACUUCUGUCAGCAAAUGACUGACAAAUGCACUACAGAUGAGUGAAUCUUCCUGUUGCCAGCCUCUCAAAAUUGCAACUAAAAGUGAGAUUGAGCAUUAUUGUAACUUAGUAAGUGAAAGAAAAGAUGAGACACUGUCUCUUGAAACUACAUUGACAAUUACAUGAUCAUUAUAUUACUUGGCAAGCUUUGGGUUUGCUCUGUGUAGUUCUAGAGUGUAAUUUGUAUGUGUCAGCAUUGGAGCUUUUUCUGUGUGGUGAUGCCAAGGAGAGUUCUGGAAAGUUGUUGGAAAGUAUAAACUCUGUGCACAGAUGUUUCUUUGUGAGGAAGCUUUCAUUCAGGUAUAGAGCAGCCUUUACUGAUUCAUGCCACAGUACAUAAUGCUACUCUGCAUCUCAAGAAAAGCUUCCCAAGAGGUGUUUAUGCACAAAGACUUCUACACCUGGAAUUCUUAUCUCUAAGAUUUCUUUUUUCCUGGUAGACAGACAAACCUUAAGAAGCGUAUAUAGCUUCGUAAAUGUUUAUUUUGUAGAUUGGUUAGGAUAACAUGACAGUGUGACGAGAUUCUGGCAAGUGCACUCUGGAACAGCUCAUUGCUUCCUGCUGUUCCCAUCCCUGUACCAGAGCCAACUUUUAUUGAAUAUAUGCCUUUGUCUUAGCUCUCCAGUACAUAAUUGAUACAACUGGAACAGCAGAGGUGCUGCAGUAUACAGCUUUUGUCUCUAAAAUUUGUAGGAGGAAUACCAACAUACUGGGAAAGACAGAAGUUUGAAACUGAUGCAAUUCUUGGAUUAGUGUGCGUUGGAUUCUCUGGCGUCUGAAUCCCAUAUGCCUGUUAAAACUCAUUGCUGUAUUGUCACUUACUAUCUUAGCACCUUCAAGCUCGCUGCUGUUUGGGAUAAGUUGGAAUCAAAGUAUUAUGGAAGUUUAAGGGCAGAUUUUUUUUUUCAGGUAUUCAGGCACCAAAUUCUUUGACUUCAGUGCCUAAUUGCCUAAAGUAAUCUACAAAUGUAGUUGUUCUCUGAUCACUGGGACCAGUAAAGACCUGUUUCAGAAUUUUGGUCUUCAGGAUACUUUUAUGGCUAAACCUGUAGUACAUUUUCAAUGGCUUGUGCUAUGAGUAUAAACACAUAGAAAGUAUAAUAAAGAAGUGAGCUGGAGGGAUUUCCUUUAUUUACUUUGUGAAGGAGAAAUUCAGCUACUAAAAGUAAUCCCUGUUUUUUUUAGAUUUUUACAUAGCAGUAGAUGCAUAUUGUAUACCAAUGACGCUUUGUUAGAUGUUAUUCUCAUACCAGAACUAAGUAUUGAACCUCACCACAGAAAACUUUGGUUUUGCUGGUUUACAAAACAUGAAGAAUCUUGUACAAGCCAGUGGAAUUCUUCAUUUCCUACCUCAGAAUGUAUAUUAGCCUUUUGUGUCUUUGUGUGCAUGUACAGUAGGCAGCAACUAGGCAAAGGACUAUUGUAAAUACUGCUUUGCAGUUUUAUCUUACAGUGAGACAAAACUUGUUCUUGGCAAGGAUCUUUUUUUUUCCCUCCUUCCCCCCCAUAGGUAACAUAGCAUUAAUAAAUAUAUUAAGACUAUUAAGCCACUUAUUUAAAACAAAACUUUAAAAUUUGACAGAUUUCAACAGUAAUUCUCAUAACCAGCACGUAAUACAAGUGACUACACUACCUCACCUAUGGGACUGAAAGUUGAUUCAAAUCUCUAGUGAUAUCCUUGAAUUUUCAUCACCUAUCAUUACUUUUUUAAGAGGAAAAUUUAUGUUAAUGGAGCAUAGCUUCUAUAAAUCACAGUGCUUGCAGUAAUUGAAAUUCAGAAAUAAAUAGUGUAUGGCAAACAUCAUGAGAGUUCUACUGCUUUGGAUAUAUUUUCAGAUAAUUGAAUUGAGAUUCUUUUAAAUGGCUAUCACUUAUAUAUGUUGAUCCUGUAUAUGUAUUACUUGUGAAACUCUCUGGGUUUUUUGUCCAGCAUCUGUAUGUGCCUGGUUAAUUUAAUCCUGCCUCCCUCCUGUGCUGCCACCCUGGGCAGUGUUUUGCUCCUAACCUCCAUUUUAUUUAAAAAGCAAACCAACAAGAAACAGUAAAAAACAAAACAGAAAGCCCCAAACCUCUCUACUGGCCAUACAUAAUAUCACUUUCAAAGCUGGUGAUAGUCUGAAAUGACGUGGAUAAUGACAUUAAAGCAUUGUCCUAAUUGUAUGCAUACUCUGAAAUGGAAUUCCUUGUGUUAAAUGUUUGUUAUAAAGGGGUGGAGCGUAUAUGUAGAGAACGACUGGCUGGGAACUUAAACAUAUCCAGUGGCCCAAACCCCUGACACACUUGGCUGUGGAUGUUGGAAAACAAGGUCAGUGAUUACCAAGUUCAGAGGCCGGAAUAUCCACCAAAGAGUUGUGCUCCACUGCUGCAGUCUGGUGAUCGGCCAGGGUCUGAAUUCCACCCAGCAAACAGUGCAGGGCUUCCAGUGCAGAAAUCGUGGCUGUCACUGGCAUAUGAUAAAAUUCAUGUCAUGUUUUUAAACCUAUGAUGACCUUGAUGAAGUUUGAGGAAAGGUUUUUGACUAACCAGCUGCAUCUAAUUUUUAAACUAUUUAUUUAAUACAGUAGACCUACAAGUUGCAUGUUGACUUCUAUAGCCUAUAUCAUCAACUUGCAAAAGUUAAGAAUGAAUGACAAUUUUAUGAUACAGAAUUCUCAGGUAAAUGUUCUGGAGUUUGGCUGUUUUUUUUCAGUAAAGAAAUACUUGCUUUUGAAAUGUAAAAACUUUGUUAAAGCAUGUUUUAAAAUACUUUGGGCAGACUAUAAAGCCAUAAGAGUAUGAUGGCAUACAGAUUGUAAAAUAAACAGAUAAUUACAACAGUUGAUUUUGUAUCUUUCAUAAUUCAAUAUUUUCUAAGACUACAAUAAAAACCACUAUCCUUUCUACAAAGGCUUUUCUUUUUUUUUGUACAAAUCUUUUUUGCAGUGAAAGUCUUUACUGGUGCAUUAUUCACUUAUGCAGUACUACUAAAACAUUGCUGACAACAGUAGCCAAGUAGUCUAUAUAGUUUAUAAGUUCCUGAAUAAUACACACAGUAGCAAAUAUUACUGAGUUGGAAUAAAUUUCCUCUAAGUUUAUUUGACUUUUUUGUGUCCUGUUCUGUUUGAGUUGGUUUUCUUCUCUGCGGAAUUUUGAUAUUUCUUUACUUUUUUUUAAAUUUUUAUUUUAAGGGAGAGAAGUCGUAAGGCUGAUUAAUAGAAUGUUGUAGGCUUGCUGAGUCUAGAAAAAGCUAGGAGGUGAUGAUGAUGUACGUAGUAUAGAUGAGCUCAUGAGGCUGAGGCUUAUCGUGGGGGAAGUCGUAACGAUACAUAUGUUUAUUAAGCUUCUCAAGAAAUAGCUUUGUAAUUGUAGAUCUGUUAGGUCCUGGGAAGUAAUCAGAAGGGUUGCAGAAAAAUUAUCCUUUGAGAAACUGUGUUUAUCCUAGUCUCCCUCUGUACCUCCUAAACAGUAAACUCUAAUACUGAAUCUAGCCUUUCAGUAUUGCAUUUUAGCUUGUUCAGAAAGCUUUUCGUUAGAAGUCUUUCUUCAUUUAAGGUUUUUGUAAUCUGUGCAUUUGAUACCUUCAAGCCUGGAAUUAGUCGAUCCCACCAGCAGACCCUUCACUGAAAGUUAAAACAGCCUUUUUGGGAGAAAACACUGGAAAGCAAGGUGACUGAUCAUAAGGUUCAACUUGCUACUUAAGAUUGCUAAGGCAGUAAAAGCCGUGUCUCUUUCUCCAGGACUGUUUUGCCCUUGGAAUUUGUAGUCACUUGGAUGUAGUUAGUGUGCUGUGCAUUUCUAGGCUUUAAGAACCAAGACGUUGGCUUGCACAAGGAUGUUAGCGCGGUUCCCCUUGAGGAAACUUAAAAAUCUUGAUGCUGGAGUCUGUGAUGCGUUUAAAACUGUUAAUAUUCAGCAAGAAACAAUGGCAGUGAAAGCUAAGAGGUGCAAAUGCCCAAGAUCGGUACUGCAUAAUUAGUUCUGCCUCUGGGUCUUUUUUAGGAAGUAAGAAAUGAGGAACUGCUGAUAAUUGGCAUCCUUUAUGUGAGCUCUGGGUUUUCAUCUAAGCAUGACAGAGCUGAGUGAAAUUUGCUUGAAGUGAAAUGGCAAAAUUUCUCCAAAAGCUGAAAAGAAGGGAAAAGCACCUACUUUAACUGAAGCAGUUUGUUCAAAAACUUCUGACACAGGUGUGAGUGUAAACAAAACACUUGACCUUUACAGAGCAAAGUGAGUGUUGUCCCUUUUUGGCACUGAAGCUAGACAAGUUGGACCCUUGUGCCUGUUUGAUAUUCUGUUGUUUGCUAUUGAUUUCUUCUUUGUUUUGUUUUUGUUCUUCAAAAGAAUGAGCAUCAAAAGCACACAGCUGCAGUUCACUAGUGUGUAUAAAGGAGAAUUUUCAUAUUGGUACAUUAAGACUUAGAAUUUUUGUGGACAGAACUAAAGGAGAAAAAGAAGGGAAAAUGAGCUGGGUUAGCAGAGGUUUGAGUAAGAGAGACUUCAUGAAUACGAAUAUUGUAAAAGCCUAUUUAAGCAUGAGUUAUGCUCUCCAGGCCUCUUAAAUUUCUAUACACGGCACUAAGCUUUUUUAUUAUUUUUAAUCUUUUUGAAUUGCAAAUAUUAGUCUGACAGAUUGUAGACACUAGCAGUCCUUCCCUUCCCCCCGCCGCGUUUAGAUAACUGGGGUGGGGCAGGGAAAGCAGUGUUCACCUCUGAGACUGGAGAUUUAGAAACGAACAGGAUGUUUAAACAAAUGUUUCUGUUGAGAACGAGAUGGUGUAUGAAGGUGCAGGUAACAGCACUUGUUCCGGGAAAUGUUUUGCCAUGUUGUAGGUUCAAAAAUAAGGAAUGACAAGUGCUUGUUUUCCUGUGAGCCAGGACGGAUUCAGGGCAGAACUUCAGGAGCACAUGCUAGAACCCAAUUUUUUUCUAGUUUCGAGGAGGAUUUUUUCUCCACUGUUUUGAAGCUAUGUGGAAGAAAUAAUUUUUAUAAUAAUGCUCAUUCAGAAUACCGUGCAGCUUUCUAAGGAUAUUAUUUAAAAAAAAAGCUUUCGUAUAUGCUAGGUAUUGUAGGCACACAUACAAGAAGUCCCUAUUCCAAAGAGGUUUUACUUAAGGGAUGUGAGAUCUCAAUAGCAGGAUUUGCAAAGUACAAGAUAAACUAUAAUCUCCUUUUAGUUUAAGGACAGUGUUUUGACUUGCUACCUACAAAACACUUCAUUAGAUAAGAAUUCUGGGCUAUGAGCAGGGAUGGCAUGGCUGUGGGAGGGUGAAAACAGCUUCAGACUAUGAACAUAAAUUUGUUGCAUCAUGGAUUAUAUUUCCUAAAUACAAAGUUUACUUAUUCUAUAAUAUAUUGUCAGUAUAGCCUCACUUAGAUGUUGUUACCAGCUAGUGUACUGAGCAGUAAAUGCGUAUAUAUACACAGAAAGAAAAAUAUUUCCCUGAACUCGUUAGAAAUGCUAGUAUCUGCUAGUCAGCUGGAUUGGCACACAUCACAGAGCACCUGGAGUGUUCUUUAAGCCACAACAUCCAUAUAGGAGUUGAUGGAUGUGUCGUCAUUUCCCUGACUGCAUUUGGAUCAGCCUUUGAGAGUAAACGGAGCAGCAGGGCAGCUCAUACAGUACUUCAUUCCGGCAACGGCAAGCAGAGAAAACCACAUUGCAUGGUCAAUAUUCUCUAGGAAGUCUUGAUGUUAUGUUUAUAAAGUUCACUGGAAGCUGGAUAUUUGCUUGUAGAUAGUCUUCAGCUGCAGUUAUCAGAUAAAAGUAUUGUGUGCAUGUCGUGGUGUCUUUCCCCUAUCAUCAGCUGGUGAGAUUUUUCUGAGUGCUGCAGCCAGUGAGGAGCUUCCAGCUUUCUGUGUAUAUAUGUAGAUGUAUUUAAAAAAAAAUUGAGGAUACAGAUGAAAACUAUCAAGUUUCUUAGGUUCUAGGAGUAAUUUGUGACUUGUAACUUGCACAUUUUUUGCUAAUGAAAAACAGUUAUCAGUGAUUUCAUAAUGUUCCAAAAGUCGAAGGUCAAAAUGAACGUAUUUGUAGUGCCUGUAGAGGACAUCUGAAAAGUGUCAGCUGCUUCUGGAAUUUCAGUCAGAACCAAGUUAAACAAGGAACUUCUUUUUUGUUCUCUCAGUGUUUUAAUUUAAAAAAAAAAAAAAACCAAAACAACGAAACAAAAAACCACCAACGGAAAUAAAACCAGGAAGUGUCAGAUUCUGGAAGACAGAAGUCAGUAAUUUACAGGAUUUCCACAUCAAAAAAAAAAAAAAAAAGACUUUUACAUUAUACUUUUAAGAGGAAAACAGGUUUCUAGUUUUGUUUUCACGGAAAUUUAUCACAGCUCUCACUUUCUUAAAACUCAGCUUUCUGCAAAACUACACAAUUUUUUGAAGAGCCACUUUGAGAACAGAACAGCCUCACUGCCUGAAUAAUUUGGGAUGUGAUUUUAUUUCUAUAACUUUUUUUUCUUCUAGGCUGCUAAUACCUGCCAUGAAAAUAAGGGCUAGUUGAGGGUCUUACCUGUAUAAUUUGGAUUCCCAAAUCUCUAUUUCAUACAGUUAAAUAAAACCUGAUUUUUGAGUGCUGA